ACGUACCUACAUGUCUGCAUGUUCCUUCUUGUUGUGAAUGUGAAGAUGCCCUUGUAGCAUUGUGAAGGAUUUUAUUGUAGUCUUCAAUAACCGUAUAAUUUGCUCGCUGGCUACAUUACAAUGACUGCAAGAGGUACACCAAGUCGCUUUCUGCAGAGUGUGCUCCAGAAUGGUGUUGGACGAUAUGUUUGUCAGCUGAAGCGCAUAUCUCUCAUCUUCUCCAAAAAUGCGCAAAGUUCACUGGGAGCAAGAAACUUCAUCGAGGAGGGUGUAGUGGAUUACGCCAAGAAGAACCCUGCGACUGUUGUGUACAUUUCCCCGGAGCCCUGUAGAAUACCCAGACUAGUUGCGGAGUACCUCAAUGGUAGCGUGAGGGAGGAGAAACUCACUGGAAAAACAUCUCAGGAGAUCUCCGAUCUGAUGACCAAGCUGACCAACCAGUCAGGACUGGACAUUAUCCGCAUCCGGAAGCCAUACCACACUGACUCCCCCAGCAUCCAGGGCCAGUGGCAUCCCUUCACCCAGCGACCCCCGUCUCUUGGGCCUAUCAGGCCCCCAGGCAAGGAGGCCAGUACAUGAUCCAGGACAGUUGAUGGAUGAUGUGAAUGCAGUGAUCAAGUGCACUACAGACACCAGCCUCAUAUGGAAGCUGUUGUCUGUGUGUCGGCCACUGUACUGAGUGAACUUUCUGCUUUCUGCAAAGCUAUGAGUUUGUGGAUGUAGUGUACACACUGUGCACAUGAGUGGUACAUUGACUCCAGGGGAAUGUGUGAACAUUUCUGAGCCAACAGAGGAGAUGUGAUCGCCUUGUUUUCGUGCAAAGAAAGACCUGUGUAUGUUUAUUUCAACACACAGUAAAACGUACUGAUAUGAAACUUUCUCUAAUUGAUUACUCUGUUUGUAAAAGCAGCUAAACAGAUUCAAAUCUGGAUGACAGAUUAUG